AUAUCUGUGCGGCAGCGCCAGCCCAGUCCCACGGGUCACAUCCUGCCCCUGCAAAUCUCUGCCGGGAAGGACGGCUCGUCCCAGGCUGGAUUUCGGGGCGGCUGCUGGGGGGGGACCCAUCGCCUUGUGGGGCACCCCCGGGGUGGGAGACCAUCAGCUGUGUGAUGGACACCGUGGAGGUGUCCUGGAGGUGGACCUGAUGUUUUACCUUCUGCCGGUUGGGCUCUGCAGCAGAGGCAGGGAAGUGCUGGAAGUUCGUCAAGGGCUGAAUUAAAGUUGCCUGGCAACCUCCAUCCCGGCUCCUCUUCCCGCAUCUCGCAGGAUUUCCCACCCCAAGGAGGGUUUGGCUGCUGGUCCCAUCCCGGAGAACUGGGGAGCUCAUCCUGAGGAUCGGCUGUGCCGGCCCCGUGGCAGGGGGCUGGGCAACCACCCUUGCCAGGGGAGCAGGAAGAAGAUGAGCAGGGGCACGUCCCAUCUCCUGACGGCUCUCCUCGUGGUGGUGGAGGUGGCGAUGGGCUACCCCUCACGGCGCUCUGCCACCGACCUGGAUGCCACCCCCAGGACAACGGUCACCUUUGAUGAGCUGUCGGACGUCCGGCACUUCAGCACACGCACCCUCAACUACAGCACCCUGCUGCUGGAGGACGAGCGGGGCGUCCUCUACGUGGGUGCCAGGGGAGCCAUCUUCGCCCUCAACUCCAGCGAUGUGACCGACGGCUCCCACCGCACGAUCCACUGGGAAGCCUCCCCGGAGAAGCGGAUGGACUGCUUGCAGAAGGGCAAAAACAACAAGACCGAGUGCUUCAACCACGUGAGGUUUCUGCAGAGGCUGAACAGCACCCACCUCUACGCCUGCGGGACCUACGCCUUCCACCCGCUCUGCGCCGCCAUCGAUGCCGACAGGUUCACGUUGCCGGCCCACUUUGAGGAAGGCAAGGAGAAGUGCCCGUACGACCCAGCCCGUGGCUACACCGGCCUCAUUGUGGAUGGUGGCUUGUACACGGCCACGCGCUACGAGUUUCGGAGCCUCCCUGACAUCCGGAGGAACCUGUACCAGCGGCCGCUGAAGACGGAGGAGUCCCCGCUGCACUGGCUGAAUGAUGCUGAGUUCGUGGCCUCUGUGCUGGUCCGGGAGAGUAAGGACAGCCCCGUGGGCGACGAUGACAAAAUCUACUACUUCUUCACGGAGAGGGCGGGUGAGGAGACCACGUCCUUCUUCGACAAGAGCCAGGUGGCCCGGGUGGCCAGGGUGGCCCGUGUCUGCAAGAGCGACGUGGGGGGGAAGAAGAUCCUGCAGCGCAAGUGGACCUCCUUCAUGAAGGCACGCCUGGUCUGCUACAUCCCCUACUACGAGGUGCUGCGCAGCGUCUGCAGCCUGGACGAGGGUGGCUGGGCCAGCACCGUCUUCUACGCCGCCUUCACCCUCUCGGCGCAGUGGUGGGGCUCUGCCCCUCCAGGAGGACCAUGGAGGCCUCGGCCGUGUGCCGCUACAGCAUCUCGGGGGUGCAGCACGCCUUCGAGGGGCCCUACAUGGAGUACCAGGACUCGGCUCGCAAGUGGUCCCGCUACGACGGUGCAGUGCCCGAGCCCCGGCCCGGCUCUGAAGGGCUACAACUCCUCGCAGGACCUGCCCAACAGCGUCCUGGACUUCGUCAAGCUGCACCCCUUGAUGUUCGAGGAGGUGAAGCCGGCCGGCGGGGAGCCGCUGCUGGUGAAGAAGAACGUGGCCUACAGCCAGCUGGCCGUGGACAGGGUGCGGGCCCUCGAUGGCCGCUCCUACGAUGUGCUCUUCAUGGGGACAGGGGAUGGCUGGAUCCAUAAGGCCGUGGUGGUGGGCUCCAGCAUCCACAUUGUGGAGGAGGUGCAGGUGUUCAAGGACCCGCAGCCCGUGGAGAGCCUGGUCAUCUCCCACGCCCAGAGGAGCCUGUACGUGGGGGCUGCCAGCGGGAUCCUGCAGGUGCCCCUGGCCUCCUGCGCCCGAUACGCCUCCUGCUACGACUGCAUCCUUGCCCGGGACCCCUACUGUGCCUGGGAUGGCAGCGUGUGCCGUGCCACUGCCACUGCUGACAGCACAAGGCUGGUGCAGGACAUUCAGAGCGGCAACGAGGGAUGCCGGAGCACCUUCGGGCGCACAGGCUCCCUGCCCUGGAAGAACCGGACGGUGCUGCAAGGAGAUGACGUGCUGCUGCCCUGCGACCAGCGCUCCAACCUGGCACGGGCCGUGUGGCUGCUGAACGGCAGCGAGGCGCUGGCGGCGGGGCAGGAGGGGCUGCGCGUCGGGGUGGACGGGCUGCUGGUGACGGACACGCUGCCCCGGCACAGCGGGGAGUAUCGCUGCUACGGGGAGGAGAGGGGCCUCCGGACGCUGUUGGCUACCUACAGCCUCACCGUGCUGGCCGAGAUGCCCCGCAGCCCCACGGUUGCCACCUUGCCCCCCGCCGCCAGCUACGCGGCCGGUGACGUGAACGUGGCCUACAUCUCCGCCAUCGUGGCCCUGGUGGUGCUGUGCUCCUUGCUCAGCGCCGGCCUCCUCUACAUGUCCUGCCUGGAGAAACGCAAGGGCAAGUACGUCCUGGGGGAACCACGGCCGUCCAGUGUGGAGCUGCAGACCGUCUCGGCCAACUGCCUGCGCAAAGGCCACCACCGGGAGGAAGACGAGGAGGAGGAGGAAGAAGGGUCUGCCUACCCCGACGGUUGCCUGCGGAUCAUCCCCGGCGAGGCGCCCACGGCGGCCACCUCCCCGGUGAAGGAGUUGCCGGUGGCCGUGCCCCCGUUGCCGCCGCCCCCGCCGCUGCCAGCCGAGCUCACCAACGGGGUGGGGGCUCUGCCCAACGUCCUCCGCAAGAUGAAUGGCAACAGCUACAUGCUGCUGCAGCAGCAGGACGAGCCCCUCGCCUCCCCCCUCUACAGCACCUCCUUCACCGAGGAGCUCAACAAGAUGCUGGAGAAGCGGAAACACACGCAGCUCGUGGAGAAGCUCGACGAGAGCUCCGUGUAGGGGGCCGGGAGGGGGGGGGUCCUGCAGGGGGGAUCCUCCUCCCUCCCCCCCCAGCCCCUUCUCCCACCCCCCUGCCAGCAGUGUUACACAAGACUCAGGCGAAACUACCUCCUGGAUGGCAGAGCCGGGCCGGGCCCGGCUGUUCCUUUCAGCUUUUCACUGACUUUUUGAGACUCACUGUACAGAAAAAAAAAGAAAAAGAAUCUAUUUAAAUUUGGGAGCUCUAUUUAUGUAUAAAAACCCACCGACGGCGGCCACGAGCUGGAGGCAGGAGCCUGGCUAAAGGUGGACACCUGGGGGGGGAGGAAAAGUUUCCGUCUGUCUGUCCAUUCAGGCAUGAUUGAUGCUGCUGUGGACGCGUGGACUCCCACCUGCCCCACUGGGCAUCCCUCAGCAACACGGGAGGUGGACGGCUGCUGAGAGGGUUCCCCCUCUGGGAGAGGACGGUUCAGCGAGGGACGGAGCUGGGGUGAGGAACCCGAUGUCCCCGAGCGCCCCGGAGCAGCGAUGGGACGGUGCGUGCCCACCGUGAGGAGGCCACAGGUGUCUAUUUUUGUCAAAGUUAGGUUGAUGGUUGGACAAGAUGAUCUUUAAGGUCCCUUCCAACCUAGAAGAUUCUGUGAUUCUGUGACCCCCCUGAUCCUGAUGGACCACUCCCUCCCAGGGCGCUGCAGGGGAAGAGCGAGACGCAGCAGCCGCCAGCGGGCAGCAAGAGGCACCAGCAGGCACCGCCGUGCCCUCCAGCCUGGCAAGAGACCAGCGCAGCACCCACGUCUUCCUGGCAUCUGCGAUGCCCCCCGCGGCCCUGGACAUCACGUGUGUCUGCCCUCCUGCAUGUGGUGCCGUUGGAGAAGCGGAGUUCAGGGCACAGCGUGUGGAACAACGUGUGGGAGGGGGAAAAUGUCCUCACGCAGCGAGGAGGAGGAGGAGCAGCCCCGGAGCAGAGCCUGCCUCCCCUCUGGGGCCUCUGGCUCUUCACGGCACUUUCCAGGGGCAGUUACUGUCCCCAGAUUCCCCCAACUACCUCUGCUCCUACCGCUUCCUGGGACAAGCUGAGGGACUGAGGUGACAAAAGCAUCUCACACCCCAAGGACAGGGUGGCGACACGAGAAGCAGGGGAGGUAGAGACUUGCUGGGGUACACGUCCUCCCCUGCGCUCCCUGCCAGCACAACUUCCAGGAUCAGGAUAUUGCCUGGAGCUCAGCCACGCCGGGGGGGACAGGAGAGGGGUGGCAGCCCCUGGGGUCCCUAAGAGGUUGGAGGCCUUCCUGCCUUAGAAGAGCAAGGAUCAGUGGGAAAAGGCAAGAGCUGGAUGCCUGGCUUCUCCCAUCCUGCCCCCACCCUUGGUUUUGCUGCAAGGAGGGGCAGGCCAACCCCAGGCAUCCCCCCCCCUCCCCUCAAGGAGGGACAUCACCCUCCGUGCCCAGCACCCCUCGUGCACAGCCCCCCGUGCCCCCUGGCAAUAAACAUGGCUCUGUCUGGA